AAGGUUAAUAAUUUUCUAUACGCUUCAUACCUCCCAGGAGCAGUUAGUUUGAAAACUAUAAGUUGUCACACAAUCCUGCCACUGAUUACAGUUGCAACCUACUUCCUGACCCGAAUACAAAAAACAAAAAAAGGAAAUCAACAAGAAUGCAACGUGUCCUUCAUAAAUUGUUGCUUUGUCUGACUUUUGUAUUUUUAACAUGGUAUGUCGUUGGAGGAGUAAAUUUCUCACGGAUAAUUGAAUUAUCCGACGAAAUACGACAGAGGCAAGAAAUUCGCUCGAUGGUUGUUUUCUCGCAGAAAAGUUUCGUGGCAAGAUUGACAGAAUACGAGGAGCUAUUGCAAAGUCAAAGCAAAAUUGUUCCUUUGGUCCUAAUUGGCGAAGAUUUAACUCAAAGGCGAGUCUUGGGGAAUAUCCUAGGCCUAUGGUCGACUGUGCUUGUUUUUAUGGAUAAUGUUAAUAACCAGAAAAUGUUCUCGAUUAUCAAUAAUACUCUUCGCCAAAUCCACUCAUCGAAGAUGCUGUUCGUCUUAGAGGAGGCUCCACAGGACUCCGAUACGCUUGUAAGGUUUUUCCGAAAAUGUGCUCGUUUGGGCAUGGUAAAUGUAGUUGCAAUGUUUGACGAUGAAGUUUUGACGUAUGAACCAUUUCCCAAAGUCAGUCUAGAGAACAUAACUUCAACAUCAGUCGCAGAGUAUUAUCCGGACCGUAGUUAUGAUCUCAAGGGUUACGUUUUUUACACGCCUAUUCAGCAAGAUGGGUCGAGAGUUUUCAUCUACAGGGACAAAUAUGGCAGAGAAAAGAUAACCGGAAUCAACACGGAGAUUUUCAGGUCCUUCGUUCAGCGACACAAUGCGAGUUUUGAAAGGCUUAUGGAUGGAACCAAUCAUAGUGGUUUCGACAUAAUCGGAGGCUUGACUCUUCUGACACAGGGUAAAGUCGAUAUUCUGAUGCACUCCUAUUCGUCCUUUGCUCCGCACUUAUUCGCCUUCAGCUAUCCGAUUGCUCAGGUGAGAUGGCAGUUGGUAUCUCCAUUUGUGGGAGAGAUUCCUUCCUUCCGGUAUUUGAUCCUGCCGUUUGACAGUGGGGUUUGGCUACUGCUUGGAGUCAGCUUUGUUUAUAUUUCUCUAGCCAGUUGGCUCACUCGCAUAUACUGUCAGCAUUUGAGAGAAUACGGUCCUGCGUUUUCGCGUAGCUUAACUCAAUUGCUGUACCUAUCUUCAACGAAUCUGUCAUGCAACCUAAGAACGUUGAUUUUCGAAAUGCAGAUUUUCUGCUACGGCCUGAUUUUGACAAACAUCUAUGUGGCUUUUUUGUCAGCAUUUCUGACCACAACAGUUCAAGACAAACAGAUCGACACCCUUGAGGAAUUACUUCAAAGUGGCUUCAAAAUCAUAUCAACACAUUUCGAAGUUGUGGCAAUAAUGCACACUAGCGGCUUCGAUCAACGUUAUAACAACCUUUUCGAAGUCGAAAACAUCGAUGUUAUCAAUGAGUAUCGAAAGAGUCUAAACAAAACGUAUGCCUUUGUCUUUGCCGAGGAUCGGGCUAUUUUCUUUUUAGGACAACAGAAGUACUUGGAAAAGAAACGAGUUUAUGUGUCGAAAAAUACUAUGGGGACGUAUUUUUUGACAUUUAUCAUGCAACAAGAUUCACCAUUUCGAAGUAAUUUUGAUGGAAUUCUGCUGCAGCUUUACGAAACGGGAUUGUAUAAGAAAUGGGAGGUGGAUGUUUUCAAUCAGGCUGUGGCUGCUAAGUAUUUGCAGAUUUUUCGCACGGAAAGUGAUGAUAUAUUUCGACCUUUGACAAUUGGUCAUUUGGGUAUUUGUUGGAUAACAUUGGCGAUUGGAUUUGGUCUGUCGUUGGGAGUUUUUCUAAUGGAAAUUGUAAGAUUUAAAAUGGCAAGGAGGAAAUUCGACAAAAAAUAAGGAAAUAUCAUACGUUGUUAAAAUUAGUGUUGUUCUAGCCUUUUUAGAAUUAAAUUUCACUUUUAAUGUUGUUG